GAAAGAUGCACACGACGUGCUUAUACAUCAUAUAGGGAAAGCACUGCGCCAUUGUGAAUUUCUGGUAGUCGGAUCUCUUCUUUAUUUUCCCAGCAGAGAGUGUACAGCAAACCAUUUGUUACAACUUUCAACACCAACCACUCCUUUCCCCCAAUCAAUUCUACUCUGAUUUUUGCUAACACUGCUAACAUCCAGUUGUGUUAGAACGAUCUAGUGAAUAGAGCGAAUGAAAAAAUCGAGUCCGAUCCCAACGGUGCUGUCAGCAUCAGCACUUGCAUUCUUCAUCGGCGUUUGCUUCCCUGUACAAAUCACACCAAAGGUAUCGCCCUGGCACUUCGGUGAUGCAAACUCGACAUUCGGUUGCAGCAACAUACUUUUCAGAUUUUGGAGACCAUAUGAUAGCACUUUAGCAGUGGAGGGGACUAACACUGUGCAGGAAAAUGCAGCUUUAGAGAUUGUUGCGCCUGAAAAGCCAAAAGGCGAGGAGAGGCUACCGCCGAAUAUCGUAGCUCCAGAGUCUGAUCUUCAUCUCCGCCGGCUGUGGGGAAACCCGCGUGAGGACACGCCCACUCGCAAGUACCUUUUGGCGCUGACAAUAGGGUACAACGAGAGAGCCAAUGUCAACGCCACUGUUCACAAGUUCUCGUCAAAUUUCGACGUGGUGCUGUUCCACUACGACGGGCGGACGACGGAGUGGGAGGAGUUCGAGUGGUCCAAGAAGGCCGUCCAUGUCAGCGCCAGGGGCCAGACCAAAUGGUGGUAUGCCAAGAGGUUCCUGCACCCCAGCAUCGUGGCGCCCUACGACUACAUCUUCCUCUGGGACGAGGACCUUGGCGUGGAGGCCUUCGAUGCCGAGGAGUACGUGAAGAUCGUGAGGAAGCAAGGGCUUGAGAUAUCGCAGCCGGGCUUGGACAGCACCAGAGGACCCAAGCCGUUCUUCGACAUCACCGUUAGGAGGAACGGCAGCGAGAUGCACAAGUCGACGCUGCGAAGCCCUGAAGCGAAGUGCACGAGGCGGCCGUGCAGCGGGUUCGUGGAGGUGAUGGCGCCCGUCUUCUCCCGGGAGGCGUGGACGUGCGUCUGGCACUUGAUCCAGAACGACCUGGUCCAUGGCCAUGGCCUCGACUGGGAUUUCUGGAGAUGCGUCGAUGAUCCUGAGGAGCAGAUCGGCGUGGUGGACGCUCAAUACGUGUCGCACCACGCAGUGGUGACGCUAGGAACCAAGGGAGGAAGCCGGGGCAACGUGACCGCCCGGCAGAAGGCCGAGUUUAACAUCUAUAAGACCAGAAUGCGCAUCGCGGAUAAGGCCCGGGCCGCAGCUCUUCUUGCACCACCGGCUGCAGCCUCCUGAUCAUCAUAAUCAUAGUCGUCGUCGUGAUCAUAGUCGUCGUCGUCCGUGUCAAGUGGUUUUGGUUUCUCAUUUGGGGAAUGCAAUCAGAGAUCAUGUUUAUUCUGUUGACCUCAUGGUAGAACCAACCAGCAAGUUAGUAGGCAACAAACGGUAUUUAUUGGCAUCGUAGCCAAGUGCUGAAGUGCCUACUGUCGGACAUGUGCCGCAUCUAGGUUAUCAAAACCAUGCCUUUUUCGGGAUCACUACAUUCCUAGAAUCAAACUGUGGCUCUAGCUGUUGUAACAUCCCAAACAUAUGGAUUUAUUUCAU